AUCAUUUAAGUUUUGAACAACGGCAGAAUAGUAUUCGAAUAUCUUAGGCACUAAAAAAGAACACGCAAUAAUGAACUUUAAAAAUUGUAUUAUGCUUUUAUGUUUGUGUGUUCAUUUGUAUACAGCAAAUGCAAAGAUUCGCAAAAACCCACAGGAACUAGCCAGACUUUAUCAAAGGAUUCCAAAUGAAGGCAAAGGUGUUACCAAGGAUUCAGUAAAAAAGUUCAUAAAGCAAACAAAAGUACAAAGCGAAUUUCGUAUUAGUUGGUUUGAUGAGGAUAAGAUAAACGGCUCUAUGUGGGAUUAUCCAAUUUCGCAAGAGGAAUUUGUAGCAUUAGUAACAUCAAAAUUUACUUAUAAGCAACUCGAACAUAUUUAUAAUAGAAUCUACAAGAAAAAUCAAUAUGUUAACAAGCAAAAUGUUGAAGAUUAUUUACAGAAUAGAAGACGUCACUAUGGAAUAAAAAAAUAUGAAAUUAAUGAAAUAAUUGCACCAUUAUCGGGUAGUGCUAUGAAAUGGGACGCUUUUUAUAGAUUAAUGGUUUUCAAAAAAUAUGAAAACCCUACAGCGCCACGCAGUUUGUGGCAUUAAACAUUUGCAGUUCCCAGGGCUCUAAAGUAACUACAACGUUCUAUCGUCGUUCUGUUUAAAGUAUUCAAUUUAAGUUUAUUUAAAAAUAUUCUAGUUUUAUGUAUUAAUUCAUAAAACUUUAAAGGGUGUGUGUUUUUUUUUUGUUUUAAUCAAUUACUGUACU